CUUGUAUAAUACACUAAUUUAAGAAUGAAGUUAUCAUUGACCAUAAACAAUUUCAAAUUCAUAUCAUCACAAAAAAUUUAAUAAAUCAUUCAGACUGUCUCACAAAAGAUAUCAUAUUUUUUAAAAUUCAAGUUCAAAAUUACAGUACAAGUCGGUAGUGAACCAAAUAAAGUCGACAACGAGGUUGGAAAAUGAGAAGAGAAAGCCGAUAUAAAAUUAACACUUCUGGUUUGAUGGUCUUAGUUUAGGUUAAAGAAUUUUAUUUAAAAAAAAUUUAUGAUCAAAAUAGUGGACCAGUUAAAUCGUGGUGGUUCAUUUGAUUUUAUGUUGAACCAUGAAAAUUCAUUUGGUCCAUCAAUAACCGUCCAAGUAAUGAACCAGAUCACUAUCGUAACUGGCUUGACGAUUCUACUGGAUCAAGCAUUAAUCCAGUACGGUUCUUGUAACAAGGAUUUUGGUGUCGGUCAUUUUCAAGGAUGAUUUCUCAAUCGAAGAAUUCUUAUGGUCUAGGAUUGCUAUGUUGCCUUGACAUUCGACUAUAUGCUUCACACUUUUGGAAUUUAGCAUAUUAUAGUAUAACUCUUAAAUGCUUUGUUUAAUCAUAACAAAGAACCCUCAAGCAUGAGCAACUAUUUCAUUUGCUUUUGGUAAAUUCUAGUGUGAUAUCAUUGAUGGUUGCAUAUCUGAAUUACUUGUUUUUUGCGAUGCUAUAAGAUGGUGUCUUACUCAUAAUGUAUUGAUUGUUACAUUUUGUGUGGAUCCUCAAUUAUCAUUAACGAUCCUAUAUCGAGUAAGUCUUCCCAUCUCAGAGUCGAAACCACUUUCAGGGAAAGCUCUUUUUUUUGUCCUUCGUGCUAUUUCAUUUAUUAUUAUUAUUAUUGAGAGUUUUUACAAAACUGUCCACCUAGUGACUAAACAGACUCUUUCACCAAAAAUCGAGUUGAUGCAUACGGACUAUAAAUUUGUUUUGGUGGAGGAAGGAACGUCGCAGAACCCAAUUCAAGUCGGCAUACCUCGUUGUAUACUUCUCCCCCUUCUUGUCACGAGGCUUGUCGUCGAUUUCAAGAAUUACCAGGACGAGCAAUGCUCUAAUAAAUAAGUUGCCGCUUAGCUUGCUCCUUUCUCGCUGACUGGAUCUGCUCCCUCUCUCCGACGACAGCUCCAACACUGUCGACGACUCUGCUCGAUCAAAAGGUAAUCCCAUUCCCGUCGAACAUUUCCACUGACUCUUUCAUGGGUUCUGUUCGGUUGACUGACGGCGACUAGGAACUCUCCACGGUUUCUGCGUCUGAAGUUGUUUAACUUUGUAUUGGCGAGCUUGCUGUGUCAUGCAUGAUCUGCUAUUUCUGGUGUAUUUAAUGAGCUGCUUUUAGACUUCUGAAAUUGGGAAAUUUAUGAAUACAAAUUUUCUGUUUAAUUAUAAUUAAAUUUGUUUUGGUUGUUGCUUAUUUUUACCCCUCGACACAUUUAUUCAAAAAUCUUGAAACUUCCACUGGAUGCACCCAAAGUACUAUGUCUUUGUUAAUUAAGGUUGAUUUGUUUAUGCUAAUUCUUAGUCUCCUUUCAUUUCGUGGUGAUUAGUAGGUUAUAAGUUGCAGAGAACAUUAUUCGUCCUGCCGCGCUUCAUCAAAUGUAUCACCAGAGCACGUCCUUGGUUGAGGAACAACAUGAUCCUUUUUCACUCGUUGCUGAUGAGUUAUCGCUUCUUGCCAAAAAGUUGCGGGAAAUGGUAGUUGCUGAGGUUCCCAAGCUCGCAUCAGCUGCUGAAUACUUCUUUAAAACUGGAGUGGAAGGGAAGAGGUUCCGCCCAACGGUGUUGUUGCUGAUGGCAACAGCUCUAAAUGUGCACCUACCUGAACCUAUACCUAAUGCUGGUGCUCCCAUGGCUGCAGAGCUACGUGCAAGACAGCAACUUUUAGCAGAGAUCACUGAGAUGAUUCAUGUAGCAAGUCUUCUCCAUGACGAUGUUUUGGAUGAUGCAGACACGAGACGUGGUAUCGAUUCGUUAAACUUUGUGAUGGGCAACAAGGUAUCAGUCCUAGCUGGAGAUUUCCUACUUUCAAGAGCUUGUGUAGCACUAGCUUCUUUGGGGAACCCGGAGGUCGUUUCGCUAGUGGCGAAAGCUUUGGAGCAUCUUGUAACUGGUGAAACCAUGCAGAUUACUACUACCACUGAGCAACGUUGUAGCAUGGAAUAUUAUAUGCAAAAGACGUACUACAAGACUGCGUCUCUCAUUUCCAGUAGCUGCAAGGCAGUUGCUCUUCUUGCUGGGCAAACUGGUGAAGUGGCAACACUGGCUUUUGAGUAUGGAAGAAAUCUGGGCAUGGCGUUUCAGUUGAUAGACGAUGUUCUUGAUUUCACUGGCACGUCUGCUUCACUUGGAAAAGGAUCACUGUCAGACAUACACCAUGGAAUAGUAACUGCUCCGAUACUAUUUGCCAUGGAGGAGUUUCCCCAGCUGCGUGCAAUUAUUGAUCAAGGAUUCAAGGAUCCCAAGAAUGUGAACCUUGCACUUGAAUACCUUGGAAAGAGCCGUGGAAUACAAAGGACAAGAGAGCUUGCUGCACAACAUGCUAGCCUUGCUGCAGAAGCUAUUGAUUCUUUACCGGAAACUAUUGAUGAGGAUAUGCAGAGGUCGAAGCGAGCUUUGAUAGACAUCACACAACGAGUAAUCACCAGGAACAAGUAACAAGAAAGGCCCACACCUGAGUCCUUGCUUGGCAUAAUGAACUGCACAAUAUUUUUGCAGUAAUUUUGUUCCAGUGUUCCUAUAAUUCGAGGGCAAAUUAGUUCCCCCUCAUUAAUCUAAUUGAUUUUUUAGAUUUUGUCACAAAUAAUACACACUGUAAGGGUGGGAUGGACCAAUGCUGUCUAGAUCAGUAUAAAUUCUGCUCCAAAUCAAUCCCAGAUUAGCUGCAGUGAAGUUUAUUGGUCUCUAGAUUUUGUGUUGUUAUAAUCAAGUUGCCUAUCGGCCUGGUCAAUGAUUUUUCUUCUAUAUACUACAUGGUAGCUCGAUUUAUUUCCAGUGAACCUCGAACUUGAGAGCGGAGGUAUUGAGUGGGCAAACACUGCGGUCACGAAAGGGAAGAGGUCUGAGAGUUCAUAGCAUUCACCUGCAUAUUCAGCUUGUGCAGUUCAAGUAGUCCUGGCGAGUCUAGUUUAUCCAUGAUUUCGAAGAAAGCUGCAAUUCUCAACAUGCAACACUAGUAAUCUGAUAGAAUAUGCUCAAAGCAACCAGCGAAACUUAUGUUUAUCAAAUGCAUCUUACAGUCGAAAGUAACAAACAGGAGGAGCAAAUAAUCAGAUUAAACAAAC